AUGAAGCCUGCACCUGAAGCGCAACGUUUAGAUGAUGCUAUUGGCUUCUUAAGGGAACAUGCUGUUGAGGCAACGGGCACCCGCAUGGAAGAACGCCUGGACGACGCCAUCAACGUGCUGCGGAACCACGCGGAACCGCUCGGGCUGGCUGGGCAGCUGCCGGGUGGCCUCUCGGCGCAUCAAAUGCAGCAGCUCGGGUACGCUGCGCCGCCCGUUCCGCCCGACCACCACCUGCCCGAUACCAUUUCUGCACACAUAGUCAAAACAUCAAUUGUGACAUCUUUACUCUUUUCAGAAAAACGCAAAGAACCUCCAGAUAGUGACACCAAACCAUCCAGCUCUGUUGAAAGUAUAAGUCAGCCUAACUCAACUAGUGGGAACCCACCAAAAGCUAGUAAACGCUCAAGAAGAUAUUGUUCCAGUGCUGACGAAACAGAAGAGGGUGAUUUAGAUCCAGUUAUGAAGGCACAAAGGGAAAAAGAGAGGCGACAGGCUAAUAAUGCCAGGGAAAGGAUACGUAUUCGUGAUAUAAAUGAAGCUCUCAAAGAACUUGGAAGAAUGUGUAUGGCACAUUUAAAAACGGACAAACCACAGACGAAACUGGGUAUAUUGAAUAUGGCUGUAGAAGUUAUCAUGACUUUGGAACAGCAAGUUAGAGAGAGGAAUCUGAACCCGAAAGCUGCUUGUUUGAAACGACGGGAAGAAGAGAAGGCAGAAGAUGGGCCUAAAUUAGGUCCAGGACCGCCACAUCACAUGCUCUCUGCCCCCCAUUACCCCUCACUACCAGGGCCACCUACCAAUUUGCCUCACAAUCCAGGUCAGCCGCAAUAGCAGUGAUAGUACUUUCUGCUACCUGUACAUACACUCUCGUACAAAACGGCAUCAUCAUAUUCAUCAUACAUCAUGCAUAAACGAUUAUCUAUUUUUUUAAGAAUAUUACGUAGUGAUACAGUAAUAAUUAUUGUAUUUUUACUUUCCAUCCUUGUUUAUUACUUACGUCUAUUCACUUAACUUUCGCGGAACAAAUUAGAAGACAGCUUUAUUUAUUUUUAGAAGUCAGCUAGCUGAAAGUCAUUUCAGUCUAUAACAACUUCUGAAAUGGGUACCUCCACAAUCUUUGAGAAUUAAUUAUUUUCUUGGACAAUAUUGGUUCUGAUGUUAUCAUCAUCACCAUCUGUUAUAUAGUUAUCGUUAUAGGGAGAAAUAGUGUUGUGGUAAUAUUGAGAAAUAUUUGUGUGCUCGACCAGUCAGCAAAACUUAAUUGAGAUUUAAUGGUGAUUCAAAAAAUUCCCCAAACCCUGAAAUUCAUUCAACAGAUUGUCUCUGAUAAAAAAUUCUAGGUUAUUCGAUUGCAAAUUAAUUGUGCAAAAUCUAUAUUUUGCCGAAAGUUACCAAUCCAAAUGCAAACAUUUCGUUAGAACACCUGAAAAAAUUAUUGAGAUGUAUAUUCAAGUCACUGAUAGAAACAUCUAUCAAACUUCAAAUUUGGUGUUAGUUUCUAUAAUGCAUAAAAUCGCUAACCCCAAAAACAGUUUUUUAUGUAUCAAGGGAGUAAAGUAGGCUUUCAUGGACCGCAGCGUGUAAGUAAGACAUGAUGUUCUGAAUUAUACAGGAAAGCCUAUCACGAGUUAUUUUUACGCCGCGGGAGUUACAUUUUACGCCCGCAAAUCCAGGCGGUAAAGUGGCUACUUUACUCCCGGUCUUGAAUAAAAGUAUUUUUUCUAGAUAUACUCAACAAAUCGAUAAAUUACGAAAAUAUUGAUUGAUUAGAGUUACUCAGGAUACAAUAUUUGAUACAUAUGCAAAAUUUCAAGCAAAAAUAAACUAAAAACUAACAGAAACAUUGGUUCUUUUUUUGUUUUCUUGAUAAAUUUACUUGAUUGAGAACACAUUUUGCUGUCAGUUUUCUGUAUAACAUGAAAAUUACAAAGAUGGAUUUUUUGUAUCCACAGAGGAAUAGGUUCUUCCAAAAUUAUACAGUAAUUUACUCUGAAUUGGUAUUGGAGCGAAAUGCAAAAUAUUAAUAUGAACGAUUUCAACUUCACCGGAUUACUCAGAUCUAUUUAUAACAUAUAAUAUAGUCAAACUAUAUUAGGCACUUGCACAGGCACGAUUCUGUUUGAAGUCUCGUUUUUUUUUCAGGAUCUGGUUGAAAUUUCUGGAAAGUGACUAUUCAAAUUAGACUUUGAAAACAAUAAAUCAAACUUACUCAAAUAAUGUGAACAGUGGAUGUUAAAAUACAUUCAUAUAUAUUUUCAUGGAGCAAACUGUUAUUUGAUCAUAAAAAGUGUUUGAGUUUGAGAAGGUAGUUAAACUAGCUAAUUCCACAAAAUAAAAUGCAUUUAUGGUCGUGUCUAUGCAUUGAGUCGCCCCGACAUAUACAUAUACAUUUGCACGCAUGCUCAUAUUCCGCUUGACGGAUAGAAUAUUUUUGUCUAAACAUCGGGGCGUUCACUACAUUUGCUAUCCAUCUAUUUGAACAUUUUUACAAACCUAAAUUUUUAUCAAGUUAGCUCGUGGUAGAGUCCGACCACGUUAACUCUAAGACAGCAUGUGGUUGCGUAUGCAUUGAAUAUAAUAUGCAUAUGCGUUUAGUCACGUGGUUUCCCAAACUUGAUGUGGUCGAACUCUACAAUGAACCAAGCGUCAGCAUGUCACGCCUGCAGCCCGGGGUUCAGUCCUUGCGAAGGACAACUUUUUUAAUGUUCUCUCAUUUCUCUCUCUCUGUCUCUCUCUUUCUCUCCUCUAAUUUUCUGAAUAUAUUUUCGACGAAGAAGUUUCAUUUAGGCCGACUUGAGUUAGAUUGUUUAUAAAGAGUCGUCUCUUUCAUUCUUUAUAGUAGUUUUCCGAAGAAUAUAGCUUUUAGGAAGGUUCAUUUAGGCAUUUAUCCUUAUAUUACGUUAUUAUGUAGUUGUUUAUGUUCAAGUUUUCAUUCCAUCAGAACCAUUAUGCAUUACGCAUCGAUGAAUUGCAAUUGUGAUUAUUUUUCCACGAUGUUCUCUGAACAUUACAGGAUAUCCCCUUUUCUGGGAACCAGAACAUGAAAAAAAAAAUUCAAAAAUACUCCUAUAUUAAUAACCAAAACAAUGUCUCAUAAGGGGUGAUUUUUUUUUCAACAUCACAAUUUUUUGAUAAUUCGCUUUCUCAGGUCACCGUGUAUAAUAAUUCUUAUAUGAAUUUCAAUUAUUCCAGGCAUUAUAGUAUGUCUACAGAGUGAGAAAAGUAAGGAAUAAAAUCAAUUCAAAUUUGAAUUAUCUAUGAAGAAAUGGAAAGAAGAUGAGAAAACUAAAUAAUAAAAACUAAAAAAUAUCAUUAAAAAAUUAGAAGAAAAAAAACUAGAACAGCAACCAUUCAUAACGAAUUCAGAUGUUUGUAUUCUCCUUCAUCCUCUGUACCUACACUUUUCAUAUCUCUUUCGCACGUUAUUUUCAACUCUCCUCAGUUCUUCUGGUGGUAUCUAUCUGUAAACUUACUAUUCUUUGUCGCAACUCUCCUCUAUUUCUUGUCCUGAAUUUCUCACUCUGUACCCAGAUGAUCUAAUCCUGACUAUCUUCAUGUCUGGUAUUAUUCAAAUUCCUGAAAGAAUUAUUGUACACGGUGACUUGCAAUAUUCACUUAUUCAAGAAUUGUAACGUUGAUAAUAAACACCCCUUAGGUGAUAUUGUUUUGAAAAUUGAUGUGGGAGUAUUUGUGGCUAGUCCGAAUCAAUUGCCAUUAUCAAAAUUCUUGUGAAAAAAUGCCUAAUCCGAUUUCUUUAAUUUUGCGAUCGCAGUAGGCCAAGAAAUUAUGUUUGAUAAUUUGUUUGCUCUUCAAAGUAGAUAAUUUUGAGUAGUAUAUUAUGAGAAAAAAAAUUCUUGAAUCGUCCUAGGAAUACGAAAGUAUAGGGGUGGGGUGGAGCAAAUUGAAACACACUGUAUAUGUCGGGGCUCGCCGAUGAAUAGAAGCGGCCUAAAUCUAAUUACAGUUGCAGAAAGCAACAAUCAGUGUUCAUGAAUUCAUGUUUCAACUGGGUCCUGAAAUUUCAAUAGAUUGUCAAAUUCACAAAGUUCUGAAUUGGUGACAAAAUUACAUGAUCUCGUAUUCUAAAUUUUGUUAGCAAAUAUUCAUAUAGAGGUAUCCAAUUCAUUUGAUCAAGGUUGCCACUCAUGUCAUUCGACUUCUGGUUUGGGGGAUUUCAUUGAAUACAAAAUGUUGUAGCGUUCAUAUCUUUUCUGCACUUACGGGACUAAAGUGUGUACUUACUGUUGGCCAGGAAACUGACAAAAUAAUCGACUGAUUCUUGUCAAACUCUGACAGUUCACUUAAUUUUAUUCUUUGUUCUCCCGAGAGUGCAAAAAAUAAUGUUCAUACUGUGGGACUAAAGUGACUAAAUCUCUUGAGUGGUUAUGUUUCCCAGGCGAAGCCCUCUGGAUUGAAUGAGUCAUUUUAGUCUCAUGGUAAUCAUGGUAUAUGAGUUACUAUUUACCGUGCUUUCACGUCUAGUCCUCACAUAGGACAUAACAUCGUGCGAUAUCGUUAUUUUACGUAGCUGCUAGCACCAAGCACGACCGAAUACUUUGCGUAUGUAGUGUUUUUCAAUGAAAGCACGGUAUAUACCCAUAGCGAUAGAUAUAGUUGAGUAGGCCAUAUUGCGUUUCACUCUCAGUAAUUCAUUUGAUGCUGUUUUCAGCAAAGUGCAAUGAAAUACUGAGAUCAUAAUGAGUAUGGUAGUUACAGUUAAGUUUUCGAUACUGGUUGAGUGAACUCAAAAGAUACUAAAAAUGUCCGAUCACAUCUAGAAGAUCAAAAUGUUCAUUUCGGCAGCUGAAAUUCCAUCUUCAAUAGACCCGAAAAGUAAAUAAUGAGGUUAGAAAACGUUCAGGAUAUCUACCGUUGAUUUUCAAAGAAUGUCCUAUAGUUUAAUUCUCAAGUCUACCUAGUUUUUCAGCUGGCUAGUGUUCGAAAUCGUUCAUUUCAAUAUUACAACCUGCAUUAACAUGAUGUAUUGGAACAUGACAAAUAGAGAAUUUGGGAUAUUUUCAUGAGAUAGAUGGAAAGAGAUCGAAAAACAUCAGAACCAAUAUUGAACAAAGUCUAGAGGUAGUGGAAUGGAUUUCAGUUAUUAUUUUAGCUACAUUGUACAAUUUUGGUGGAAUUUCAUUAGUGGUUUGAGAUGAUGUUUCCCAGUUGUGCCAAACGAAUGAUAAUACUCUUUAAAUAAAAUUACUUAAUUAGUUUAUAAUAUCCUUUGUAUUAUUAUUGAUCUCUUAAUCUGCCAUUUUUUAUUUCUAGUUAUAUACAUAUCUAACUAUAAUUAUGUACAAAUUAGGAGGUUUUAGUGUGCAUAAUACAUAUUUCAAUUUUUUUCAAAAAAAUAUUGAGGACAAUUUGAAAUUGAAAUGAAAGCAUUAGUUAGAUAAUGAGAAUGAUUAUCGAACAAACAGUGAGCUAUCAUUUAUUCAUUUUCAUAUAAAAAUCAUUUCAUGUUCUGAUAAUGUAUUUAAUAACAUUAUUUUAUUUAAUACAUUAUUUAUUCUCAUACAUUCAUGUUCAUUGAAAUGUCUCAAACCACAUAUAAUAAACGAAUCUACAUUGCACCAAUAUUGAAUUUUGACUUCAUUCAUUGGAGGUUACUUAUUAUAUAACUUGUAAUUCUUGUAUAUAUAUUAUCUAUUAUUUUUUUCAUGCAAUAUACUUAUUUAAAAAGCCACCCGUUUUUCCUGAUGAAAAUGCCAAUGAAAAACAAAUUUCUUUUUAUGUUAAUUUAUUUAUACAGUCCUAAAUUAUUUGUCCAUUUUUGCUGGUUGCAGUGUUUUAAAGUGCUUUGUGCAACGGAUUUUAAACUUAUUGAUGAUUCUGUUCAUUAUUUUAUUUUUAUAAUUUUAAGUUUAUAUUUUAUAUAUUUUAAAUUUUAAUUAGGAAUAUACUUAGGAAUAUUUUUCUUAAAGGUAAACAUGUAAUAUUUUUCAGCUGUUUAUGAUUUUAGUAUAUUAGGGAAUUAUAUUUAUAUUAUUUGUUUUGAUUGUUAAGAUUAUUUUAAUUACUUUAACUAAAAUUUUGUACUAAGUACGAUAUUGAUCUAAUUCAGUUAUUGUUCCCAUAAACAGUCAUAAAUGAAAGGAUUUAUUGGAUAUCAUUGCGAAAUUGAUUGAACCCAUGACUGUCCUCAAUUUUCCUCACUUUUUUUUUAUUCAAAACAUAUUGGAAUGUUUGAUAGAUAAUGAAAUAUUUCUGGAACACAAUUUCGAAAUUUUCAAUAUUUUUUCAAUCCUUCAUCAACAUCAAUCAAAACCUUGUGAGUAACUCCAAUAUAUUUUGAUACAAUGACAAUAACUAGAUAUUAUUUAUCAAAUAUAUGACAGAUGGUCGUUUGGUUGGGAACAUUGGCACAGUUAAGGUAAUUAAAUAGGUAUUAUUUCGUUGAAUAAUGAAAAUUUAUCGAUUUUAUAGGUUUUUUACUUGCAAUAAAAUUCGACAUAGUAUAUUUUUUUGUAAUACCAGUGUUUCUUUCAUUCCAUAUGGCAGCCAUGUGAAAUUGGCAGCAGAAAGCACUGAAAGUUUUUGGCACUAAAUUCUAUUUUUCAUUUUUUCGCGGAUAAAGUUGGCAGCCAUAAUUUUUUAGCCAUUCUCGGUGCAAAUAUUUUUGCGACUUUUCUUAAAAGUUACUGAAUUGUUGCCUACGAAUUCUGUAAAAGUGUUGCGAGCAUUUUAUAUUAUAUAUUUUUGUAGUUAUCUGACAAUUUUUAACUUUUAAGAAGAGUAUGUGGUUAUUAAGUGAUUAGGACAAAUUUGUAAAGCUUAAAAUUAAGCCUGUAUAAACGUUUCAAAGCGGAUGUGUUUUUAAAUAUAUGAUAAAGUAUAUAUGACAAAAAAAGAAUAUUGAGUGAUGAGGAAGAAUUAAGUUAGGUUAAACAGCUAGACUACGACAUAAAAAUAAAAUUAUUAUCAACUCUAUGUAAUAUACAAUACGUACAUAAUAUACUAUGUGCCAUUUUUCAUAA